UUUCAACCAGCACGGAUCGACACGUAGCAGCGACGACCGCCUUCUCCAAGUGCCCCACCACACAGCCUGGACCGCAAGUGAGCGAGCAGUUUGGUUUUAGUGCGCCGGUUCAGUGUGCUCUGUGCAGAGAAUUCAGCACGAUCCGUUCAAACCGUGUCCAACCGUCGCGUUGGACGGACGUAUUCGGAAGGCUCAGCGUGGUAAAGUGAAUAAUCGAAAGCUGUGCUGUGCUGUGCUGUAUGAUUGCUUAGCAGUGUAUCUUGAGCAUUAGUGAACAAGUGCGAGGUGAACGUUUGUACGCGCAAGGAAUACUGAAACGAACGGCUUCCAGCAUGUGGUCCAAAAUAUUCCUAGCAACAUUCCUGCUAGGGUUGACGCUGGCAGAGAAGAAGAACGUGACCGAAAAGUCGGUGGAAGCGCUCGGCGGCACAAAGGAAAAGCGUCAGACGGAGCACGAAACGCGCUCGGUUCCGCUGUCCCUAAUUGACAACCGUCGCCAGCAUGCUCUGCAUCACCACCAGCAGCAGCAGCAGCAACAGCAGGAGUACUAUCAGAGUGAGGAAGGUUCAUUCUAUGCAGCCCAGCCGAGUGCUGGUCAACCAUCGAUCGCCUACAAAUCGGCCGGAGCCGCUCACAAACCCGCCACCUCACAGGAACAACCACAGUACCAGGAGUUACCUCCCGAGUACAUCAGCUUGUUGCAUCAGCUUGCCGAGCAUCAGCCAAAAGCGGCUGCAUUGAAGCAAGGCAAGGCCGUCGGCCAGCAUUACGAGCCCCAAAGUCACCCGCAGCAUGCGAAACCCAGCCAGGUUCAGUACAUUACCGAGGAGGAGUAUGCUCAGCUGUUAAAGCAAACCCAACACCAACAGCACGGUCCAGCCCCAGCUCAUCAUCAGCACCAGAACCAACCACAGCCCCAGGGUCUUCAGGCGUACGGAAGACCAUCGUCUCACCCAGGUGCCCCUCCAGCUGCAGCGUCUCACAAGUAUCGCCCCGCAAUCCAGCUGCUAGAGACGGCCGAAGACCAACCGGGAGCGUACGGACAGGCGGACGGUGAGCAGUACCGUAUCCAGUACAAGAGCAUCCAGCAGGCCGGUACAGUGACACCGGUCCCCAAGCCAGUUAGCUCCUUUUCCUUCGAAAACGAACUCGCUAAAUUGGUAGAGUCGAAUCGGCCGCUUGCGUAUCAUGCGGUCCCGCAUCACCCCGGUCGCCAGCACGAUGCGCAACAUCACGAAGCUCCCCAACGGUACGCCGGACCUACGCCCAGUCCUCAGUCGCACGAGUACACCUACGUCCAGGCUGGACCAGGUCGUGAGCACGGUGCACCGCAGCAGCCGCCAAAGCAAUCGAUCAAGGCGCAAUAUAUUGCCCCAUUCGCGCAAGGUUUGCCGCUAAACGGCCCGAAGAUCAGCCCCGCUCAUCUGCAGGUGGGACCGCAAAAGUUCGUUGACAGUUCCCCGCCUGCCCAGAAGUAUCAGUUCAUCGCUCAACCCGAGUCGGGUCCAUCGAAGGCGCAUCAUCAGCAUCAUCAUCAACAGCAGCAGCCGCAGCAUCAGCAACAGCAGCAUCAUCAUCAUCAUCAUGCUCCGGCCCACCAGGGACAGCAGUACUUUGCUGAGGUAUCGCCUAAGCAGCAAGCGGGAACUCCCUCGCCCAAAAUUCAAUACUACGUGCCCAAGGAGAAGAACGUGCAGAUAUACUACCAGCAAGCGCAACAGCAGCAACAGGCCGCAAUCGAGCAGCACUCGCCCCAGCAUCCGAUGAAGAUCGUGGAGGCACCUCAGCUACAGAACGAGAAGCCACAGAAAACGGUUCAAUCGCACCAUCGCUCGAAACCCGCUGAGCAGCAACAAGUUCACCAGCAUCGUUAUGGAGCGCGCGAAAAGCAGCCGGAAUCGGACGAAUCCCACGCACCGUCCCGUUCGUCCAUCUUUGUGUCGCAGUCGACCGGAGUAAACCAAGCGACGGCAGCAGCCACGCCGGCACCCUCGGCUCACGCCCACAAGAUUCCACCGAAAAUUGACCGUCCACUCACGCAGGAAGAAUUCCAGGCUCUGGUCGAUGCCGGAUACUCAGUAGUGCCGGUUCCAGUGCCCGUUCCAGUGCCAAUCUCGCAAUACCAGCAGCAACAGCAGCAGCAGCAGGCUGCCGCAGCCCAUCACGCCGGACAUGCCGGUGUCCCACAUCCAGGACCUCGUGGUGGACCGCAUCCUACACCGGCAGCUGUUGCCCGACAGGCCGCUCAGGCUUCCCGCUACCAUCUGCAUCAGCUAGCGACGGCAGAGAACAACCCGAAUCAGGUCGUCACCUACCUACGCCCACUGCAUCUCGAUCCCUUUUCGGCCGGUGUUCGAGGACCGCAUAAAGCUGCUCCCUAAAGAAACGACCCGUGCGGUCGGAUUGUGACACUCUAGACGUUAGGACAAGACGGUUUCCAGCAGGGACGUACAGCCCCUGCGGGCUGACAAAUGGCGCGUACGGUGCGCCAGGUGUACCUAGCACGAAAGACAAGCGCACAGCUUAUUUAGCGUAGCAGAACCAAAUAGCACUUAGCCUUGAUUAAUUUAUCGACAAACAGUAGAUAUUUUGUAUGGAAAGUGGCCAAUGUGCCGUGGAUAUGUUACUGUCAGUAGCGAUGAGCAGUAUUUUACCAUUACUUUUUAUGUCAUUUAAAGGGAAACAUGAAUCCUUCCAGACAUAUUCAUAUUGAUUUUACGUCCAACCUUUUUCAACACAAGCAGCAAAAGUUCUUGUGCCACACGCCAGAAUGACGGUAGGUUGGUGAGCUGCCAAGAGUUAUCGGCUCGAUUACUACACUACGAUGUAAGCAUUUUGAUUCUCUCUGUAUGAAAGAUGUAAAAUAUGUUGUGUUCCAUAAAAUAAAUACAGCCCAGUUUUUACU